AUGUCGGACCUUACACACUUUGAUCUCCUCCCUCUCCAGAUGGACCCUCAAUCCAAGUCCAUCUCGUCACUCAACCCAUCCCGCGCCCUCGCCGCCGAACUCGAGACCCUCAACGCUCUGCACCGCUCGCUGCUCAACCUCGAGACACCAUCAGGAGCUCCCCCCCCUCCGAUUCCCGUCAACCCCAAGCGCACGGCCAACGUGACCAAGCUCCGCGACUCGGGCAACGCAGAGUACCGCAAGGGCAAGUACACCGACGCCAUCAAGUUUUACACUCUGGGUCUGCAGAUGGCCAUGACGAGGCCUAUGUGGGAGCCCGCGGCCCUGGUGCGAGAGGAGGUCAGCUCGCUACUGGCGAACAGGGCGCAGGCGCACAUGGCGCUGCAGAAUUGGGCCGAGGGCGCUGUGGACGCGCACGCGAGCGUCGAGGCGAGGUGGGUUGGAAACGCCAAGGCGUGGUGGAGGAGGGGAAGGUGUCUGAGUGAGAUGGGAAGGUUGGAGGAGGCGAGGGAUUGGGUCAAGAGGGGUCUUGAGGUUGAGGGUGAGGAGGCUGAGCUUGUGCAGUUGCUCAAGGAUGUCGAGGGCAAGAUUGAGAAGGACCAAGCAUGA